CCCCCGGGGUCUCUGCCCCCUGCCUGCAGUCCCUCAUUCCCCUCCGCAGCGUCACCAUGCACAGGAGGGUCUGGCGGGACUAGGCAGAAACAGGAAUCCCUGGACUCUAGUAACGGAAUGCGUCUGAACAAUAGCUCCAGAAAACGUCCCACCCCUGCAGAUACCGACAGCCUGGGUAGCUAAAGGAGAGUCGGGAUGUUGCCGGCAUCGUGUUUGCUGCCUGGCAUGUGUCUACAGGAGGUCAUUGAUCUAACCGGGGAGGACGUGUGUUCGGAAGCGGCAGCGCAGGAUGACUUCACUGUGAUUGACUUGACCGAAGUGGAGGAGGAGCAUCCAGGCGACUUCCCCCGGGAUGGUGCUGGCACUGCUGCCGGCAUGGAGUGUGCUUCGCCUCCCAGCCUCCCCGCCCUCGUGGACAUAAAGCGUGAAAGGAAAGAGGUGGCAGACCAAGGCCUUGGGGCCCCUUGGGACGGAGCCCACGAAGAGACAAAGUGCACCCACUUGGAAGGCUACUUCUCCCCCGUCUCCAGCUGCACGCACUCUGUCUGUGACCCGGAGCUCAGCAGCACCACCACUAUUAACAGUGACCUGGGCUCCUUGGCCAGCCUCCUGCUGGACUCGGACGUGUUCUCCUUCUCUCCAACCAGCAGCAAUAGCAGCAGCAGCAGGAGGGCAUCCUUGGACUGCUCCGCCGCAGAAUCUCGCAGUACCUGCCAGCAGAGGGAAGACCCGGAACACCUCCCCACCUCCCCUGCUCAGAGUCAGUCCCCAGGUCUCUCCAGCUGCCCCCCAGCAAGCACCCCCAGGUCUCCAGAGCAGCCUUUGCUGGAGACAAGUAACUCAGUGCUGACUGCAGUGAAGCAGGAGCCCCCCGAGCCAGCCAAACCGCGGCCUGUCAAUAAGGCCUGGCUGCAUAAACUGCGGUACUUCAGGAGGACUCCGGUGCAUCACCUUUUCCUCCAGGGAGUGGUGCAGGAUGAGGAAUCCCGCCAGAACGCACAGCUGAGGGCACAGCCCAUCCCCAGCAGAAAAUUGAGCAUGGUAUCUACCACCAUGGAGGAGAACUUCCCCAAGGGGACCCUGCAGUUCCUAAUGGACUUCGUGUCCUGCCACCAUUACCCUCCAAAGGAGAUUGUGUCCCAUGUGAUCAGGAAUAUCCUGCUGAGCUCAGAGACUGGGGAGAUGCUGAAGGAUGCCUACAUGCUGCUGAUGAAAAUUCAACUGCUUCAUCCAGCUACCACCACAAUGGUGGGAUGGGACUGGGAGCUGCUACGGUAUGUCAUGGAAGAGCAGGAGGAGAUGCUCCCAGGGCGCUUUCUGUUCCUGCAGUACGUGGUGCAGACCCUGGAGGAUGAUUUCCAGCUGAACCUGAGGCUGCGCUUCCUGCAGAAAUCCAUUGCCAAGGAGGUGCUUUCCUGUGACCGGUGCUUCAGCAACGUCAAGGAGGUGAUCGAGUGGCUGGUUGCUGCCGUUACCGGACUUGGAUUUUCCCAGCCCCGAAAGCAGCAGCAGAAAGCACCAUGUCCUUCAUCAGAGUCAUCAAGGGCUGACUGUAGCAUCUCCUCACCUGGGCCAGACUCAGCACAGAACGACAGUGAAACUGGGCAAGCAGAGGCCGUCCUACCGGCUUUCCUUUCCCAAAAGGUGGUGCUGCUUCUCCAGAGGAUGCUGUCCAUAGCCGUAGAGGUGGACAGGUCUCCCAACUGCAGCACCAAUAAGAUUGCCGAUGUGAUAUUUCCGUACUUGGUGAACAUUCCUCUGAGGAGCCAAAGGGAGGCCUUUUUAAACAGCAUGGAGAGCCAGCUCCUGCGCUGCAAAGUGCUGGAGCUCCUGUUCCACCACAGCUGUGACAUGCCAGCCUCCCUGCCCUUGUCUCUGAGCAAGAUCCUGUAUUUCCUGGGCCGCCAUUCGCUGCUGCUACAAUAUCAGGACCACGAAGUAACGUGGCAGAGAUGGGAUGAGAUGCUUCAGCACUUGAUUUUACUGUUGACAAGUUACCGCAACGUUGUGCUAGGGCACUUACGAAGGUCACUCAGCGAGCGGAUGGAUUUAAUCAUUUCAAAUGCCAAACCCCAGCUCCAGGCUAACGACAGCGUCACCGCCGUGGACAUUGAGCUGCACGUCAAGGACUUCAGCAGCCGGCUGCUGCAGAUCCUGGGGAAGCCCCUUCCCCCACAGCUCAAGGACAAGGUGUGCACGCUUCAAGCGCUGCUGCUCACCGCCACCUGACAGGAGAAAGACGCUCGCGGGGGAGCGGGCUUUCAGUGCCAGGCAGCAGCCUGGUCAAACAUCAGUUGCCCACGAUUCAGGUCUGUUCAUACAGUUGUUGUGUGGACCUAGGAGUCUCAUUCCCUCCUCUGAAAUCUGCUUCUCCUUGUGCAACCUGUGUAUAGAUUUUUUUUUUAAUUAAAUUAUUUUCCUGGUU